UGCUCUGGACAACACCAUGAAGCAGCAGUAACCCCCAGUCUCAAGCCCGACUUUUGCCAGUCUCAAGCCCGACUUUUCCCAGUCUCAAGCCCGACAUUUCCCAGCCUCAAGCCCGACAUUUCCCAGCCUCAAGCCCGACCCUUCCCAGUUUCAAGCCCGACAUUUCCCAGUCUCGAGCCCGACCAUUCCCAGGCUCAACCCCCCGCAAUACCCAAUGGCCACCCUCGCGCUGCUGCUCCGGCCCUCGCCGCGCCUCCCCCGGCCCCCGCAGCCGCGCACCUUUCUGUCGCACCUCAUCCCGCCCAGCAGCGCCGCGCCGCUGCAGACGCUGCGCGCCUCGCGCACCCUGCCCUACCCCAGCGCGCCCAUCUACUCCAUCAUCGCCGACGUCCCGAGCUACGCCGCCUUCCUGCCGUACUGCACGCACUCGCACAUUACGCACUGGUCCGCGCCCGACGCGCACACGGGUCGCCGCUGGCCCAGCAUCGGCGUCCUGACCUCGGGCUUCGGCGCCCUGACCGAGAGCUUCACGAGCCGCGUGUACUGCGUCCCGGGCCGCGUCGUCGAGAGCGUCGCGGGGGACACGCAGACGGCGCUGUCGCGGGAUGCGAUCCGGCACCAUCUCGAGGGCGAGGGGGGGCAUGUGGACAAGGAGGGGAGUCGCGGGUUGCUGACCCACCUAAGGAAUACGUGGACGGUCGAGGAGCUGGGGCAGCGGCGGACGCGGAUCGAGCUUGCGCUGGAGUUUCGGUUCAGUAGCCCCAUGUAUGCCGCGCUGAGUGCGGGCGUCGCGCCCAAGGUUGCCGACGCCAUGGUGAAGGCGUUUGAGGAGCGGGUUGGCCGUCUGUUGAGCGAGGAUCCGAGAAUGGUCGAUGCGAGGCUGGAGCAGCUGGACGGGAGUCGGAUGAGGAGGUAGGGGGCGAACGGUCCUGUUGCGUUGCAUCUCCUCGGCGUAUACUUGCAUUGCGCCUCUUUGGCGUAUACUUGCAUACUUGCAUUGCACCUUCUCAGUGUAUACUUGCAUUGCACCACCUCGGCGUAUACACACUAGAUGGGUAG